CAGUCUGCAUAUCUACAUGUUGCUCUUGAUUCAUUACGGGAAGAUGUGGAGGUAAGUGCUUGUAUUUUUAUGGAGCAGCCGGUUCGCACACGCUUGCCAUUGUGCUUGAGAACUUAAUACAGCAAUUUGGAGUGAGUAAGCCAGGAGGCCUGUUACUCUCCUGUAAGGACGACCAGCAGCACCAAAAUAUCUCUGCAAUGCCAGGAUUGGGACGUGCCUUUGGAAGUGUGUUAAGAAUAGACCCACAAUGGGGCUCGCUCCUGUCUUCUGUUGUCUCUGGACAGACGGUCUUCUGAAGGGAGACGGAGGAAGAGGUAAUAUCUGUGGUUCCCCCCGUGACUCAAAUGGAUCAGAUUGGAUUUUACCAACCAGAACCCAGCAUGCACUCCCUCUAGGAGAGAGGGAGAAAGAGUCAGGGAACUUUUUCCUCCAUCAACCUGGAGGCUAUUGUGCUACUGGAAGAGGUGGCUUGACAGGGGAGUGAGCUACUGGAUUAAGGGUUUACUUUGCGGCCUGGACUUUGAAGACUAGAAGAUUUUGGAGGGCCUUGGGCACAGCGAGCAUGGCGGGAAGCGCUUCGGAGGUCAUCUUUAUCUCUGUCAAUCACAGCAUCACUUUGAUGGGGAAGGUGUGGCUCAUUGUGAUGGUCCUCCUCCGUAUCCUCAUCCUCCUCUUUGCUGGUUAUCCACUCUAUCAGGACGAGCAGGAGCGAUUUGUGUGCAACACCAUUCAGCCCGGCUGCGCCAACGUUUGCUUCGAUCUCUUCUCCCCCGUCUCUCUCUUCCGCUUCUGGCUGGUGCAGCUCGUCACCUUGUGUCUCCCCUACAUCAUCUUUAUAAUCUACGUGGUCCACAAGGUCUCGAGCGGCCUCACCGUGGAACCGAACCCCUCGGGUCACGUCAGAGCCUCGCCGCUGUUCAGCCUCCACCGGGAGCUGUUCAGCAGAACGUCCGUAAACAAGACUGUGGCCGAGAGAGGGUGGGCCCGGAACUUCACAGGAGCCUACAUCCUCCAUCUGAUGUUCAGAACCUUGCUGGAGGCAGGGUUUGGGGCAGCACACUACUAUCUUUUUGGUUUCUACGUCCCCAGGAGGUUCUUGUGCCAGCAUUCACCGUGCACCACCCAGGUGGACUGCUACAUCUCCCGGCCCACCGAGAAGACCGUGAUGCUCAACUUCAUGCUCGGUGUGGCUGCUCUGUCCCUUUUCCUAAAUGUGGUGGAUUUUGUCUGCGCCAUCAAGCGCUCUGUAACGCAGAAGAGCAAGAAGAAAAUGAUGGUGGAGAAGAUUUAUGAGGAAGAGCAGUGUUUCCAUUCAGCUGGAGGCGCCACCAGAGCCAUGGAGCCAAGCUCUUCCCUGGCCCAGCAGGAUCUGGAGGUGGAGGUGGGCCUGACGGGGAGUUUCCGGAAGAGACAAAGCAGCAAGGGCUCUUGCGGAGGGGGAUUGCUUGCCCCAGGCCAGGAUCCAGCCUCCCCGGAGCACUCCUCUCUGCCAUGCUCUCCAGGAGCUCCAGGUUGCAACACCAACGGGAACAACGGCUACUCUGUUCCGCAAGAGGAGGUUCUGGAGAGGAAUGGCAGUGAGGUUGCUCUCUGCCCCCCCGAGCCAGCGGGGACACCAAAAUCCAUUCGUGUCAGCAAACGCAGCCGCCUUAAACCGCCACCCCCACCGAGACGGGACCUUGGCUCAUCUCCCGGUGGGUCAACAGGGCCUAUCGGGGAAGUUUCCACAGCAACAGCGAUCUGUACGAGGAGGGUUGGUCAGUACACGCUGGUUGAGCUGGCAAGCAACGCAGAGCUACAGACCAACGACGAUGGGCAAGAGAAAAGAUCAGAGUGGGUAUGAUCAAGAUGGACGGAUUUAUUCAUGGGUUCAUUUGAAUAGGUGUGGACAUUAUGUAAGAAACAGACACCGAGAAACCCUCGCAGUGGGAACAACUAUUCGAGCUGACACCCUGCCAUGCUCUCUACCUCGUUUUUAAAACGCACUCUCACUUGAGGAGAAUCCGGAGUGGCAACACUUUCACCAGACACCUCAGACUCAUGAGGCAUGAUCAUAUUUGGUGUGAUUUCAUCUCAGCAUCGGAUCACGUUGCCUACGAGGGCCCGCGGGCUGGGUGAUGCAAAGUAGCAAGAAUUUCAAGUCAGGGAUCUGAGCUCUCUCAACAAAGCAAGUCAAGAAUGACGGGACACUCUAGCCUCCAGAGUCCUUGAAGAACCACAACCUUGAGAGAGUCUAAAAGAGGGCAGCCCACCUGUUUCUUCCCUUGUUGCCUUUUACCCCCGCCUUCCCUGACACGCCGCCCAUAAACAAUGCUAGGCCUUGACCUGCCCCAUGUGUACAGCCCACCACAGUCACUCUAUAUGAUGGAUCCAGAGACCCCCUCUCUUUUGUGCUUGGGUCAAAGAACAUCAGUACCCUGUAGGCUAACUGCUUGGGAUGACCUUUUGGAAUAAGAGGCCAAAAUGAAAGACAAUAAUCUGGCUAAGGUGUUUUUUUUUUUUCCCUGAGCUCAUAGAAUGAAAUAGGAUUCCUCAGUCGGCGGUGAAGGACACUAUGAAGGCCCUUCGAAAGCCAGCGUAGGCUCACAAAGCAAUUAUGUUCCCCCAUAGGGGCUCUGUAUUUAUGGAGACAGCUUGUCACUCUAUUUCAGGGCCUUGCAGAGCUUAGGAGGAAUACAAACCUCAACAUACACUGUCACUGGAAAUAGAGCACAGCGAAGCUCUGUAAGCGAGCCGUGCAGCCUGUUGCCCUUCAGGAUAUCUGCUCUCUGCCUGCUGUAGCUUUGGUUUCACCUUGAUCACAGCUCAGAUUUAUGUGGGGCGUCUCCCACCGUGACACGUGUCAACUGUAGAUGGAAUAGUGGGGAUGCUGUAAUGUUUAACUAACUCAUUCCAGAUAUAUUUCCAGGUUUUCCAGUCUAUUUUCUCAAAACCACCCGGGCCAUGUUAACCAGGUGACUGAGAGUAGCCUCCCGCAGUAAAUCAGUGGCAUCGCUGUCACAUCUGCCGUUCUAUAGCUGAGGGGCUGCUCCUCUGUGUAAAUGGAUAGCUCUUGAUCUCCCCUCCCUCUUGCGGUCUCUUUGAAGGCGACAACAAAAGCUCCCGGCCCCAUAUCUCACCUAUCUACUGAGUGCUGCACCCAGACUGUCAUAAGGGUGACCACAGGGGGUUUCUCGUCAGACCACAGCAGGUCUGAUGGUGUCGCACCUCCUUCACACCCACCGUGUGGUGUUUAAGUCAAAGCUGGGCUGGGUUACACUUAAACGUUCGGGUUAACGUGUUAAAUGAUAUUUAAUAAGUGCUGUUUUUGUUGUCAUAGGAACAAAUCGGUCCUGAAUCUGUUCUUUAUCAGAGUAAUCGAUGUUGUGUGCUCCGUUGCCAUGAAAUUCUUUCUUACAUUGCCGUUCUUUUUUUUUUUUUUGAUCAAAAACCACCUGUGCCUUAUUCUCCUGACAUGUAAUAUCCAUUAAAAAUGUCCUUUUUUUCUCCCGAAGCAAUAACGAAUUAAUUCAUGCACAGUUGCGUGUGAUUACAUAUGAAGUGAAGAGCAAAAGUCUUGUCAUUGUUUAAUACUGUGUUUGAUCUCUUCUUAUGUUUUCUACUUGUUUCGCUCACUGACUCUUGAUCUUUCUGUGUGUACCAGUGUUAGCUGUCCAUCAUUGUUGUUGAAACUGCAGCGACGUUGGAGAUCAUGUCACUGUUCAAAGCACUUUAUCAUAACUCAUUCUUUGAUCCGGUCCAGUGUGCUGUCGUCUCUCCACCAGCACCGUAGUUUGAAGUCGUGCUGCCCUCCAGUGACGCAAAAUGUGAAAUGCUGCUGUGUAUUGAAUUGAACAAUGAGUGUAAAUGUACCUUUGUAUAUUUGUAUCUUCGUAAAACAUUCAGGUUGUGACAUUUUCUUUCAAUA